GCCGCCGCCGGAGUUGCGAGGCGAGCGGGGAAUCAUGGCCGCCUCAAAGCCCGUAGAGGCCGCUGCGCGCGAGGGCGCGGCAGGCUCGGGGAUUCCCCGCUGGCAGUUGGCCUUGGCGGUGGGAGCCCCCCUGCUGCUCGGGGCCGGCGCUCUUUACCUAUGGGGCCGGCGGAGGCGAGCCACGCGGGGCGGAGGCAAGGGCGCGAGCGAGAGGAAGACCCCCGAGGGAAGGGCCAGCCCGGGACCCUCCGACGGCUCCGGGGCCGGACUCCUCGGUGGCUCCACCGGUGACGAGAUGAGUCCUCUGGAUAGAGCCCAAGCAGCAAAGAACAAAGGCAACAAAUACUUUAAAGCUGGGAAAUAUGAACAAGCCAUUCAGUGCUAUACUGAAGCCAUCGGUUUAUGUCCUUCAGAGAAAAAUGCUGACCUUUCUACCUUUUACCAGAACAGAGCUGCAGCAUAUGAACAACUGCAAAAAUGGAAAGAGGUGGCCCAGGAUUGUACAAAAGCAGUUGAACUUAACCCAAGAUAUGUGAAAGCUCUCUUCAGGCGUGCAAAAGCACAUGAGAAACUUGACAACAAGAAAGAAUGUUUAGAAGAUGUCACUGCAGUCUGCAUUUUAGAAGGCUUUCAAAAUCAGCAAAGUAUGUUGUUAGCUGAUAAAGUGCUUAAACUCCUUGGGAAAGAAAAGGCCAAAGAGAAAUAUAAGAACCGGGAGCCCCUGAUGCCUUCACCACAGUUCAUCAAAUCUUACUUCAGCUCUUUCACAGAUGACAUUAUCUCCCAACCUCUUCUUAGGGGAGAGAAAUCUGAUGAAGAUAAGGAUAAAGAAGGCGAGGCCUCUGUAGUAAAAGAAAACUGUGGCUAUUUAAAGGCAAAGAAAUACAUGGAAGAAGAAAACUAUGACAAAAUAAUUAGUGAGUGUACUAAAGAAAUUGAGGCUAAAGGAAAAUAUAUGGCAGAAGCCUUGCUGUUACGAGCUACGUUCUACCUGCUUAUUGGUAAUGCAAACGCUGCCAAACCUGAUCUGAAUCAGGUUAUUGGUAUGGAAGAAUCCAAUGUAAAGCUUCGUGCUAAUGCCCUCAUCAAGCGAGGAAGUAUGUUUAUGCAACAGCAACAACCUAUGCUCUCUACUCAAGAUUUUAAUAUGGCUGCUGAUAUUGAUCCUCAGAAUGCAGAUGUUUAUCAUCACAGAGGACAGCUAAAAAUAUUGCUUGACCAAGUUGAAGAAGCUGUAGAAGACUUUGAUGAAUGUAUCCGUUUGCGGCCAGAUUCUGCCUUAGCCCAAGCACAGAAAUGCUUUGCAUUGUACCGUCAAGCCUACACUGGAAAUAAUGCUCUACAAGUACAAGCAGCAAUGAAAGGCUUUGAGGAUGUUAUUAAAAAAUUUCCAAGGUGUGCUGAAGGCUAUGCAUUAUAUGCCCAGGCAUUAACAGAUCAACAACAAUUUGGCAAAGCUGAUGAAAUGUAUGAUAAAUGUAUUGAUCUUGAGCCAGAUAAUGCUACUACCUAUGUUCAUAAAGGUUUACUUCAACUUCAGUGGAAGCAGGACUUAGAUAAAGGUUUGGAACUUAUAAGCAAAGCCAUUGAAAUAGAUAACAAGUGUGACUUUGCAUAUGAAACUAUGGGGACAAUUGAAGUGCAAAGAGGCAAUCUGGAUAAAGCCAUUGAAAUGUUCAACAAAGCUAUUAAUCUAGCCAAAUCUGAGAUGGAAAUGGCUCACCUCUACUCGCUCUGUGAUGCUGCCUACGCCCAGACAGAAGUUGCAAAGAAAUAUGGAUUAAAACCACCAACAUUGUAAAGAAAUAAUAGGAGGGAAAUUACCUUUUAAAAAGUAAACCUGCCCAUUUCGAUCUAGUCCUAAAGACACUGUUGCAGUGUGUUGAAUGGUGGAAGGGGUUUUUUUCUGUUCGUGGUGAUGUAAUUAUCUGUUAAAUGUUUAGGUGUUGUGGGAGUGAAUGUUCAAGAAAGUACAUGGUUUGUUCCUCCUGCAGCACAUAAUUGUUAAAGGGAGAUUAAAACGGAGUUGCAAGGGGAUCAAAUAUUAUUUUGGCCAUGCAAAUAAAAUCCUUUUUGACUCAUGUUUUGAGGGUAGUUAAUGACUGGUUCUGUCUACAAAGGUGUUCUACAGCUUGUCAUUCUGUUGAUUUUAAAAAUUAAUAGUGCUGUAUAAUUUUUAUAUGCAAUGGAUCCCUUUGGGUUGAUUUUAGUUUUGCAAAAAGAAAACCAUACAUUGCAAAAUCGUUGAAUAGUAGGAUUUUUAAGGCAAUUGUGGAUGCAUUUACUAUGUACAAACUUUUCCUCCCUCCCAUUAUUUUUCUGCUUCAUACAGGACAGGGACAGCUUUACAGAAACUGUAGUUCUCAAUGUGCUGUUCUAGAGCAUGGUUUGGAGAACUACUUCAAAGACCCUAACAAUUCCCUCAGUACUACUAGGGUGUGGCCUGUUUCCCAAGUUGCAGCUUUUCCUUUAUAUUUGUCUUGAUUUGUCCUAGAAAGCUUAAUUGUCAAUUUUUCAGGAGAGUAAAAUUGCCACUGCAUGGGCACUGCAUAGAUUAGUCUUGGACUCUUCAGCUUAGGUUGGCUUGUUUCACAUGAUCACUGUGGCUUGAACAAGCCACCAUGGCUUUUUCAAGCCACUGUGAUCGUGCAAACUGGGUCUGUGUGUCUUAGAAUAUACGGUUAUCAGUUGCCCCGCUAUUCUUAGGAGUUUCUGGAGCCAACCCAUAACUCUUGUAGUGUUAUUUCAGUUUUUAGGAAAUUCAUUGUAUGGCUGCUAGUGCUUUUAAAUUGCACCUGAGUUUACUUACUUUGGAUCUGCUUUCUGCCCACUAAUCGAGAUACAGUGAAAGUAUAUACGCUGUUUUUUGCUUACUGAGCAUAACUGUGUCUUUCCUUAUGUAGUAAAUGAAAGAGAAAGUUGGGGAGAUUCAGCAAACGUUUAAUCAUGGGAUUUAUGUUCAGUUUAGAAAGUCAGAUGUUUCUCUUUUUUUUUUUAGAAGCAAUGUAAUGAAGCAUUACCCCCCCCCCCCAGUUUGCAGACUUUCUAGCUAUUGGAAGUAUCCCUCCUGGCUCUUUUCAUCUCCCACCUCCCAAUUGUGACUGCAUCGUGUUUUCAAAGGGAUUUAUAUAUGGGUGACUCUAUGUACACUGACACUUCUCUCUCCUGAAAACAAUUAAGAAUUAAGCAUGUGCUGUCUAAUAUUAGCAUUCCAAAUCAUCACAGACUAUUGCCUGUUCUUCAGAUACUUUGAAACUGCACUGAAAGAAUGCAUAUGUUUGUUAUUUUUUUGUAAAUGACUUACACUUGUAAAGUCUCAAAAUAAAUAUUACAUUCAAAUAUCU